CAAUAUCCAAUUCCGUAGUCAAUAUUCAACAAUCAUUCAAAAUGUCAAGCACCAAGACCGGUUCACGGACCCCUGCCCUUGACCCUGUGAAAGAGCUCAGAGCAUCUUUGAAAAUCCUAUAUGAAGAUGCAGAAUACUCGGAUCUCAUAAUUGCAAGUCGCGAUGCUGAGUACCGAGUUCAUAAAGCCAUUGUGUGCCCCAGGUCCGAUUACUUUGCUGCAAAGUGUCGAGCCUCAGCGUCUCAAGUUGAUUAUAGUCUCUUGGUUCUCGAAGUUAAGCAUCUAGCUAACUGCUUGCAGGCUGCCAUCAAGGACAUUCUUAGCUUACCUGACGAUGAUCCCCGGGCUGUUGGAAUGGCCAUUCGGUAUUUCUAUUAACCCACCCACCCUACUUCUGGGCCACCCCCAUAUCUAGGCUACUAUUACUACUACUAUUACUACUACUAUUACUACU